UCACUCUUUGAAAAUUCAAUACCACUUUUUAAUUUAUAAUACACAUCUCUUAACAAUUUUAACUUUUUCUUCAUAUCUUCAAUUUUCUAGUUCUACUUCUCUCUCUCUAUAUAUAAGUACAUAUUAAUUCUCAGCUUUUUUGGGAUAUGUAAUAAUUAGAUUAGCCAUUUAGAGAUUUAGAAAUUAGUCUUAAUUUCUCUUUUUUCUGUGUGUGGAGACAAUGGAGACCGACCAAAGAGAUGAAUUUCGCUUGACUUUGCCUCUUAUGUGUGAAGAUAAUAAUAAGAAAGAGUAUGAUUGUACCAAGAUAGAGGAAGAUGAGUCAAACCAUUCUCCAACCUCAACCUCUUUCUUCAAAACCUGUUUCAAUGGAUUAAAUGCUUUAUCAGGAGUUGGAAUACUCUCAGUACCAUAUGCAUUAGCAACAGGAGGAUGGUUAAGCUUGAUUCUAUUCUUUGCUAUAGCAACAGGAGCAUUCUACUCAGGCUUGUUAAUUAAAAGAUGUAUGGAUUUUGAUUCCAACAUAAGAAGUUACCCUGAUAUUGGAGAGAAAGCAUUUGGUAACAAAGGAAGAAUGAUAGUCUCUAUUGCUAUGUACACUGAGCUCUACUUAGUCUCAGCAGGCUUCUUGAUUUUAGAAGGUGAUAACUUGUACAACAUGUUCCCUAAUGAUGGUUUUGAAAUAGCAGGGCUUACAAUUGGUGGCAAACAAUGUUUUGUACUAAUUGUUGCCCUUGUUAUCUUACCAACUGUAUGGCUAGACAAUUUGAGUUUACUCUCUUAUGUCUCUGCCAGUGGGGUGCUAGCUUCUGCUAUCAUCCUCUUCUCCAUUGUGUGGACCGGGGCUUUCGAUGGAGUCGGGUUUCGUCAAAAGGGUGAGCUCGUUAAUUGGAGUGGAAUCCCUACUGCUUUGAGCUUGUAUGCCUUUUGUUAUUGUGCUCAUCCAGUUUUUCCUACUCUCUACACUUCCAUGAAGAACAAACACCAAUUCUCUAAUGUGUUGCUACUCUGUUUCAUUAUAUGCACAAUUGGUUAUGCAUCAAUAGCUGUUUUUGGGUACUUAAUGUUCGGGUCAGGAGUACAAUCACAGAUCACUUUGGAUCUUCCAAUUGGGAAACUCAGCUCAAAAAUAGCCAUAUACACAACUUUGGUGAAUCCCAUUGCAAAAUAUGCUCUAAUGGUGACACCAAUAAUUGAAGCUGUCAAAAAUGGUUUUCCUUGUUAUCUAAAUAAGAGAGUGUUUGGUAUAAUAAUUGGAACAGCUUUGGUCAUAAGCAGUGUGAUAGUAGCACUUGUUGUGCCAUUUUUUGCAUCCCUAAUGUCAUUGGUGGGAGCAAUUUUGAGUGUGACAGCUUCAAUCGUAAUGCCAUGUUUAUGCUACUUGAAGAUAUCUGGGAUUUACAGGACAUUUAAUCAUGAAAUGGUUGUUUUAGUGGUUAUGAUAUUCAUGGGGAUUGUUGUUACUAUAAUUGGUACAUACUCAUCUGUACUAGAUAUUUUAGUGAAUCUACAAAUGUGAAGACUUGUUCUAUUA